AUGGCUCAAACACCAGCCCGGAGGUACUUUGAUGUUGCCGUCACCUUCACUGCUGACCAGUUCGGUGGUAUCUAUCGCGAGGGCAAACAAUAUCACCAACCCGACUAUGAAGAAGUCCUAAAGAGAGCAAAGGAAUAUGAUUGUGAAAAGAUCAUGUUGACUACAAUGUCACGUAGCGGUGCUGAGAAAAACCUCGAGCUCGUGAGAAAGUUCCCCAAGAUGUGCAAAAUGACGCUCGGGGUGCAUCCAUACCAUGCAGCCGAGAUAUAUGAUGGACAGUCUCCUGAUGAUGUCUCAAACUCAUAUCUCAACUGGCUUCAGGAGACGGGAGAAGCACUCUUAGCGGAGAAAAAUUCCCCACUUGCUGCAUUCGGAGAGAUUGGCCUCGAUUACGUCUAUCUUGAUCGCGCAGAUAGAUCAACACAACAACGCGCGUUCCGAGAUCAAUUAGAUUUGGGCAUAAAGCUCCAACUCCCUCUUUUCUUGCAUGUGCGCGAGUCCACUGAAGACUUCAUCUCCAUAAUCAAACCUUACCUCCCACGACUGCCUCGGCGGGGCUUGGUUCACUCUUUCGCUGGCUCGAGGGAUGAAAUGCUCAAAUUGGUAGAUUUGGGUCUUGAUAUCAGUGUGAAUGGCAUAUCAUUCCGCACAGAGGAGCAACGGGACAUGGUCAAGCAUAUUCCUUUGGAAAGAUUGCAACUUGAAACUGAUGCUCCCUGGUGUGAGAUCUUGAGCAAUGAUCCGAGUAUUGAGCCUUACUUGGCAGCGGCAAGGCCCUUGCCACCCAGUCGAAAGCCUAACAAAUUUAUUCUUGGGCAAAUGGUCAAGACUCGGAAUGAGAGCUGCACCAUCGAACGAGUUGGUCUUGUGGUGGCGGGUCUGAAAGGGACUACACUCGAUCAAAUUGCGGACGCAACCUGGAAUAACAGUUGUCGCAUGUUUUGGUAA